AUCCGAAAGGUAAUGGCAGAAGAGGGAAAAAAAAUUUCAUUUGGUUUUUCAAAAUCUGUGAAAAAACCUGUUCUUAAAAAUGUGCCGCCCAAAGAACAAAAGAAAGUUGACUACAUCGAAUGUGUGGAUGAAAAAUCAAUUAAGAUUGUUGGUGGUGAAGAAAAAGAAGAUGAACCUCUUGUUAUACCAAUGCUCGGUUCCAAAACUUGGCAUGAUAGAAUAAUUAACAAAGUUGACGCUGAUAUAUUUGAACUAAAACCAAAUCAGUGUAAAAUUAAUAAUGAAGAUAUUAAAAUUAAAGAAGAAAAAAUUGACAAUGUACCUAAUGGUAAUAUAUCCAAUGAAAUUAUACAGCCUAUGGAAGAUUCAGAAAUUAAGAAAGAACCAGAUGCAAUUCAGUUAACAUUAGAUCAACAAGCUGCUAAUGAAAUUAUAUCGGAUCUUAAAUCAAAUGAUGAUAGAGUUAAUGAACAAAAUAUUUUUAAUGUACCUAUUAUAAAUAAUGAGGAUUUAAAAGGAAAAGAAGAGUCAUCGUUAGAAGAUUAUGAAAAUAUUCCUAUAGAUGUUUUUGGUAUGGCAAUGCUAAGAGGAAUGGGAUGGCAACCAGGAAAAGGAAUAGGCAAAAAUGAAAAGAUUGUGCCACCAGCGAUACCCGAAGUACGACCAAAAGGAAUGGGUCUUGGAGCAGAUAAACUUGCUAUUCAGCAAUUAAAAGGAAAAUCAAAUAAAGAAGAAGAACCAUUAAAAUUACUUAAAGGCAGCUGUGCUAAAGUUGUAGCAGGAAAGUAUAGUGGUAAUUAUGGAAAAGUUGAAGGAUUUGACGAAGAUGCGGCUAGAAUAAUUUUAAAAUUGGCACUUGGAGGCGAAGUAGUUUCUGUAAAUGAAUUUUGGGUUUGUCCAGUAUCUUCAACAGAAUAUUCGCAAAACUCUAAAGUAUUAAAUGUUAAGAAGUAUGAAGACUAUAAAAAUAAUGAAAUAAAUAAUAAAGAAAAAUCAAAAAAUGAGAAAUCUAAGACUAUACAAAUUAGUGACGAUGAAGGUCGCAUAAGUAAGCAGACUGAGAAAACGAAGAAAAAGUCUAAAAAGAAAAACCAUCGAUCUUCCGAUGAUAGUAGUAUAGAUAGGACAUUCAGAAAAAAAAGAAAUUCAAUUGACGGUAGUGAUGAGGAACCAAAACAAAAGAAAGCGAAGAAAUCGAAAAAGUAUAAAAAUCAUGAUAGUUCUUCAGAACAUUCAAGAGAUUCAUCAAAGCAUAAUGAGGAACAAAAAUCAAAAAAAUUAAAAAAGUCAAAAAAACAUAAAAAUUGCGAUAGUUCUGGAGAACGAUUGAGUCGAAAGAAUAAGAAGAAAGAUAAGGAAAAUGAAAAAGUAAAGCAUAAAAAGGCAGAUUUGAAUUCAUCAGAAAAAAUAAAAUCUAAAAAUCAUAAAUCUCGAUCAAGAAGUAAUUCAGGAAAAGUUCAUAGGCGAUCUCGAUCUAAAACUAGUCGAGGAAAAAAUCAUAAGCGAUCAAGAUCUAUAAGCGCCCGUGAAAAAAGUCAAAAACGAUCUCGAUCUAGUAGCAACACAGGGAAAACGCAUAGGCGAUCGCAAUCUAGAAGUAGCCGGGGAAUGAGUCAUAAGAGAUCCAGGUCUAUGAGCAAUACAAGAAAUUCUUAUAGACGAUCACGAUCCAGACAUAGCCGAGAAAAAAGUGACAAACGCUCUCGAUCCCGAUCUAGAAGCAGUCGGGAAAGAAGUCAUAGGCGAUCUCGAUCGAAAAGUAGUCGAAGAAGUCACAGGCGAUCACGAUCUAGAAGUAACCGAAGAAGAAGUUAUAGACGAUCUCGAUCUAAAAGCAAUCUAAGGCGAACUCAAAAGAGAUCUCGAACAAGAAGUAACCUAAGAAGUCAUAGGCGAUCGCGAUCACCAAGCCCUUCAGAAAAAACUUAUAGACGAUCUCGAUCUAGAAAUAAUUCAGGAAAAACUCAUAAGCGAUCUCGGUCUAGAAGUAGUUCAAGAAGUCGUAAGCGAUCUCGAUCUAGAAGCAACAGAAGAAGAAGUCACAGACAAUCUAGAUCUCGAAGUUAUUCCUUUAGAAAUCGCAGAAGAAAUCAUUCUCAUAGUCACUCAUCCAAGCGGUGAUAAUUUUGUAUAAAAAUACUAUGUAUUUAUUAAAAUUAAGAUUUUUCUUUAUGUGUUUUUUAUGAACUUUUUCAUUUUAUUUAAAUAAACAAGAUACUGUACAGCUCAUAUUUUUCAGAUAUGUGUAGAAUGACUU